CAAUGCCUCCCCUCCCUCAAUUUCAGAUUUUCGAUUGAUCGCCUUUCUUCUUCAAUUUCUCAUUCGAGAUCAUUACAACAAUUACAAUGGAGUAUCGCCGGUUGAACGUGACGGUGGUGUCGGCGGAGGGCAUAAAGGACGUGAAGCUGCUGUCCAAGAUGGACGUCUACGCCGACGUGUCCCUCGCCGGCUACCCGCAGUCGCGGAAGGUCACGCCCGUCGACAAGAACUCCGGCACAAACCCUAAAUGGAACUUCCCCGUCGACUUCGUCGUCGACGAGCCCUACCUGACCCGCCCCGGCCUCUCCCUCCUCUUCCGCCUCAUGGCCGAGAGCACUCUCAAAAGCGACAAGCUCAUCGGCACCGUCACCGUCCCCAUCGACGACCUUUUCCGCUCCGCCACCGCCGACGCCGACCGGACCGUCGUCUACCCCGUCGUCACCGCCUCCGGAAAGCCCAAGGGCUCCCUCAAGUUCUCCUACCGUUUCGGGGAGAAAUUCACUCAUCAGGCGCCGGCGACGGCGAAGCACGGCGGGGAUGAGCCAGUGACGGCAUAUCCGGCGCCGGCGCCGGCGGGGUAUCCUCCGGCGGCGGCGUAUCCACAGACGAGCGGUUAUCAGUACGGAUACCAUCCCCACGGGUACCAGCCGGCGGCGGCGGGGUACAAUUACAAGCCGCAGAAGCCGAAGAAGAGCGGGAUGGGCGGCGGGCUGGGGUUGGGAUUGGGCGCCGGGCUGCUCGGCGGGCUGCUGGUCGGAGAAAUGGCGUCGGAUAUUGGGGACGCGGCGGCGUACGCCGAUGGGUACGGCGACGCCAUGGACGACAUGGGCGACUUUGAUUUUUAGGUCUUGGUUGGGAGAUUUUGAAAUUUUAAUACUGUGUGUGUGUUAUGUAUGUAGUAACAGUAUAUGGUUAUUAUUCUUUUGUUUUUUUUUAGUUUGCAUGUAAAAAGAUCGGUUUUGAAGGGGAUGGGUAUGAAUAAAUACAUCCUGGUCUACACAAUCUGACUCAUUUUGAGCCCA